AUGAGGCUGGACAACCAGAGCAACGUGUCUGAGUUCUUCCUCCUGGGGCUCCCCAUCCGGCCAGAGCAGCAAGGACUGUUCUUCGCCCUGUUCCUGGGCAUGUACCUGACCACAGUUUUGGGGAAUCUGCUCAUCAUCUUCCUCAUCUGGCUGGACUCCCGCCUGCACACCCCCAUGUACUUCUUCCUCAGCCACUUGGCUUUUACUGAUAUCACUUUCUCUUCUGUAACUGUUCCGAAGAUGCUGAUGAACAUGCAGACCCAGCACCUAUCUAUCCCUUACAAGGGGUGCAUUUCACAGACAUAUUUUUUCAUAUUUUUUGCUGACUUGGACAGUUUUCUUAUCACUUCAAUGGCCUAUGACAGGUAUGUGGCCAUCUGCCAACCUCUACAUUAUACCACCAUCAUGAGUCAGAGCCUUUGUGUCAUGCUAGUGGCUGGGUCUUGGGUCAUUGCCUGUGCUUGUGCUCUUUUGCACACCCUUCUCCUGGCCAAACUUUCUUUCUGUGCUGACGACCUCAUUCCCCAUUUCUUCUGUGACCUUGGUGCCUUGCUCAAGCUGUCCUGCUCAGACAUCUCUCUCAAUGAACUGGUAAUCUUUACUGCAGGAUUAGCAGCCAUUAUGCUUCCAUUCCUAUGCAUUCUGGUUUCUUAUGGUCGUAUUGGCAUCACCAUCUUCCGUGUUCCCUCUGCCAAGGGAAUCUGCAAAGCCUUGUCCACUUGUGGAUCCCAUCUCUCGGUGGUAACACUCUAUUAUGGGGCAAUUAUUGGUCUCUAUUUUCUUCCCUCAUCCAGCAACACUGAUGACAAGAAUAUCAUUGCUUCAGUGAUGUAUGCUGUAGUCACUCCCAUGUUGAACCCCUUUAUUUAUAGUCUGAGAAAUAAAGACAUGAAAGGAGCCUUAAGAAAACUCUUUAGCAAGAAAACAUAUUCUUCCAGCUGA